AUGCCCAACCCAACACUAGUCUUCUGUGCCGGUGCCUGGUACUCACCAGUAGCAUUCGGCCCACUCAUCGAAAAGCUCCCCGACUAUACCUGCCGUACCGUGGCCUUCCCCUCCAUCGAGCAAGCCACUGAGGUCAAAGACCUCCAACCGGAUAUUACCGCAGUCCGCAGUGUCGUCGAAGAGGAAUGCGAUGCCGGAAAUGACGUUGCAAUUGUCUUGCACAGCUGGUCUGGUCUCCCCGUCAGCAGUGCCCUCGAUGGACUCAGCAAGACGGAGCGCCAAGAAGCGGGUAAACCAGGCGGCGUGGUGAAGCUCAUUUACCUCUCGGCUUUCAUUCCAGAUGUUGGCGAGAGUUUGAUUGGGGCGUUCGGAGGGGUGGCGCCGGACUGGUAUGUUCGGGAUGUGAGUAUACCUUCUCCGUUAGUUGUGGAGAAUGGCACCGUGACGCCGGAUGAUCCUUUCAAGUUAUUCUUCCACGAUGUUCCCGAUGGACAGAAAUGGGCCGAAACACUACGACCUCAUGCAUGGGCGACUAAGAAUAGCCCUGCCACGAGUGCAGCGUACCUGCGAAUUCCAAGUGCCUAUCUGCUAUGUGAAGAUGAUCGGGCAAUUCCAUUAUUUGCGCAAGAAGGGAUGGUCGAAAAAGCACGAGCUAAGGGAGCCACGUUCGAGACAGACAAGGUUAAGACGGGACAUACGCCGUGGCUGGUGGUGCCGGACCAAGUGGUGGAGUUUGUGAAGAGACAUGCAUGA